ACCCGUGGUUUAACAUUUAACUGCUUCAGCCUCCCCUAGUAAAUCUGUUUUGUGAAAGCUGUUGGACCCAAAUUAUGAUUCUGCUAUGGACGAAACUUUCAUGGCAUGAGUUUGUUCGCUCCAGCGGUUUACAUCUGACGGCUGAAAAGAAGUGUUCCGCGUCAAGAUUCGUGCGACUGACAUGACACCCGUAUGUUGUUUUAUUUAUUUAUUUAUCAGUCACUUAUUUUAGUUAAUAUUGACAUAAUUAUUUAAUAUUGAAUUGAAGUUGUUGGUAUAAGUCGACACAAUUGACAAGGUCAACGGUGCGAAGCUGGAUUCUCUCCGGCACGGUCUAUUCUUGGUCAAUCCACUUUUCUGCCUCCCCAAUCCAUAGAAGACAAAAAAGAAGCAAAACCAACCCCAAUCAGACAGCGGCCUCCCUCUCCGCUCCUCCGCCAUGGCCACCGCUAUGGCUCUCCUCCUCCUCCUCUUCCUCCCCCACCGGCUCAGCUUCUCGGCCUCUACCCCCAUCCCGCCGGCCUCCGACGCCGACAACCUCCUCCUGCUAAAAAACUCCUUCACCAACGCCGCGGCCCUCUCGUCCUGGUCCGCCUCCAAUCCUUCCCCUCCCUGUGACCCCCACUCCCCCUGGCCCGGCGUCAUUUGCCUCCAUGGCAUCAUCACCGGUCUCCACCUCUCUGACAUGGGCCUCUCCGGCACCCUCAGCGUCAACGCUCUGUUCACCUUCCCCGCCCUCCGCUCUCUCAGCUUCGUCAACAACUCCCUCUCCGGGACUCUCCCAGCUGACCUCAGCCGCCUCCACACCCUCAAGGCCAUCCUUCUGUCCCGCAACAAGUUCUCCGGCCCCAUCACCGCUGACUCCUUCAGCGGCAUGACCCGGCUCAAGAAGCUCUGGCUCAACGACAACCAGUUCAACGGCCCCAUCCCCGACUCGCUGGCCGAAGCGACCGCGCUGCUGGAGCUCCACCUGGAGAACAAUCAUUUCUCCGGCGAGAUACCCCCCGCCCUCGCCUUGCCCUCCUUGUCCUCCUUCAACGUGUCCAACAACAAUCUCCAUGGGUCCAUCCCGCAGGCGUUUGCCAAGUUCAACUCAAGCUCGUUCUCCGGCAACGAAGGUUUGUGCGGCCAACUCGUCGUCGGAAAGCCCUGUGCUGAACCCGCGAUCGCCGCAGGAGGCGGCGGAAGAGUCAUCAUCGUCUGCGCCCUCGCUGUCCUCCUCGUUUGCAUGGCCUUGUACGCGUUGAAGGCCGGAGACAAGAAAGAAGAAGUGGUGACGUUAGGAAAGGUUCGGAAAGCGAAAGAAAAACCUACCUUGCCGAACUCGGUAGAAGAUGGCGGUGCAACCGCCGCCGCCGGAGCCGGAGAAGAGGGAUUGGUUAUGUUGAGCUCGAGAAACGGAGAACUCCAGCUUUCCGACCUGAUGAAGGCGGAGGCGGAGUUACUGAGGAGCGGCGGUAUGGGGACGGUGUACAAAGCGUCGAUGGCGAGCGGCAUUGCCGUGGUGGUGAAGCGUACACGAGACUUGAACCGGUUGGGGAAGGAGGCGUUCGCCGCCGAGAUGGCCCGGCUAGGUCGCCUCUCCCACCCCAAUGUGGUGACGCCGUUGGCCUACCAUUACCGGAAGGACGAGAAGCUGCUCGUGUUGGAGUUUGUCCCCAAGAGGAGCUUGUCGUACGUCCUCCACGGCGACAGGGGAACCGACCACGCGGCGCUCGAUUGGGGGCGGCGCUUCGGCAUCGCCCGGGGCAUCGCCCGCGGCCUCGCCUACCUCCACACAGAGCUUCCGUUCAUAGACGCCCCGCACGGGAAUAUAAAAUCCGGCAACGUGGUCCUAACACUGGAUUUCGAGCCUCGGUUAACGGACUUCGGGUUUCUGCCGAUGGUCAACGCGUCGCAGGCGGGGACGGUGAUGCAGUGUCUGCGAACGCCGGAGGUUCUUGCGGGUCGGCCAGUGUCGCCGAGGUCAGACGUGUACUGCUUCGGCGUGCUUCUGCUUGAGCUGAUGACCGGGAAAUUCCCAGUGCAAUGCCUGAGCAACGUGGACGGCGGGACGGACGUGGUGGAGUGGGCGACGCGGGCGGCGAAGGAAGGGCGGGAGGCGGAUGUCCUGGACCCGGCGAUGGUGGCCGGCGCCAAGUCAUCAGUGCCGGAGAUGGCGCGGCUGGUGCGGGUGGCGGUGGAGUGCGUGGAUCCGGAGCCGGAGCGGCGGCUGGGGCUGAAGGAGGCUGUGGAGAGGAUCGAGGAGUUGGCGGAGGCGGCGGCCGAGGCGCUGCGGUCAGAUGCGGCGGCGGCGUCGGAGACGCACGGCCAUGAGCCCAACACGAGGGAAGCUCCCGACAACGAUCGGCACGGCGUUUAGGUAGAUGCGUCGGUGAGGUGGACGACGACGAUUGAUCGUUCGCCAUUUCGUGACUCCAUUCGUGAUACGUUAGCUUGUGUAUAGCGUUUGAUGUGGUGUUAAAUUAUUCAUUUAUUUAUUCGGAAGGAUCGUUUUUAUUUUCUUCUGUAAUUUUAAUUUAUGACAAAUAAUCUUAUAACAAAAGAAAUGCAGGUUAUUUUUCUUUUCUUUUAUCUUUUGGAAAUAUUUAUUGAGAUAUUGUCAUU